GCCACUCGCUUUCCUGGCAACACGGAGGUUUUCUAGCCCCCUCACCAAGUGAAAAGACAGCCUAGGGCUUCCAAGAAGCCAUUUCCAGUGACGAUUGGGCUUUGAUAAGAGUGGCUGUAGUGCCAGAGUGUUCGGUGCAUUGCCUCUUUCGGCAGCUCAUCCAUUCUUCCACGGGGAAGUUGUGUCUGAGGUUCUUGUGGUCCAUGAAGAUACUGCCUUCACCAUCUGCUUCUGCGUCUUCCUCCGGUGACAUCAGAGUGCGGCAGGAUUUGCCUUGGCCAUCUCACGGGGCUGUUUGACUCAGGUGUGCCAGGAGGACCUUCCUACCCUAAGUCAGCUGAACAGAAGCCAGGAGUUGACUGCCACCAGGCGACCCAGCUUGCUUCACAGCAGAGACCAGUUUGCCUGCAGCUAACAGUGUAGAUGGCUGCUACUUGCCAUGCAGUGAAGAUGCCUACAGAAUGACCAAAGGGAAGAGUUCCUUGCUCAGCUGAAGAAGGCGAAGCUUAAUUCUAAGAAUACUUGUUUCAUCUAGUUCAUGAGCUCAAAUUAUAAAGACUCUAAAUGUUACAGAAUUGUUGAAAGAUUGCUCGGUCAUGAGCAUCGACAGUAACUCUCUGGCACGUGAAUUUCUGACGGAUGUCAACCGGCUUUGCAAUGCGGUGGUGCAGAGGGUGGAGGCCAGGGAGGAGGAAGAGGAGGAGACACACAUGGCCGCCCUCGGGCAAUACCUCGUCCACGGUCGAGGAUUUCUGUUACUUACAAAGCUAAAUUCUAUCAUUGAUCAGGCAUUGACAUGUAGAGAAGAACUCCUUACUCUUCUUCUGUCACUCCUGCCACUGGUAUGGAGGAUACCUGUUCAAGAAGAAAGGGCAACAGAUUUUAAUCUACCAUUCUCAGCUGAUAUAAUCCUGACCAAAGAAAAGAACUCAAGUUCACAAAGAUCUACUCAGGAAAAAUUAUAUUUAGAAGGAAGUGCCCCAUCUGGUCAGGUUUCUGCAAAAGUAAACGUUUUUCGAAAAAGCAGACGACAACGUAAAAGCACCCAUCGCUAUUCCAUAAGAGAUGCAAGAAAGACGCAGCUCUCCACCUCAGAUUCAGAAGCCAAUUCAGAUGACAAAAGUAUAGCAGUGAGUAAGCAUAGGCGGCCCCAUCAGCUGCAGCAUUUGGUGACACAGUCUCCUAAAGAAGAGCUCACACUUAAACCUGACCGCUUGUCAACCAAAGAACAGACUCCUGACACCAUGGCUUUGGAAACUUUCCAAGAGAUUAUGCCAACACAGGAGGCAAACACCGACAUUUUAAGUGAGCCUGCUGCCUUGUCUAUUAUCAGUCACAUGCACAAUUCUCCAUUUGACUUGUGUCAUGUUUUAUUAUCUUUAUUAGAGAAAGUUUGUAAGUUCGACAUUACCUUGAAUCAUAAUUCUGCUCUAGCCGCCAGUGUAGUGCCCACACUGACUGAGUUCCUCGCGGGCUUUGGGGACUGCUGUCACCUCAGCGACAGUCUGGAGAGUCCACUAGUUUCUGCAGGUUGGACUGAAGAACCGGUGGCCUUGAUUCAGCGAAUGCUUUUUCGAACAGUGUUGCAUCUUAUGUCAGUAGAUAUUAGUACUGCAGAGAUGAUACCAGAAAGUCUUAGAAAAAAUUUAACUGAAUUGCUUAGAGCAGCUUUAAAAAUUAGAACUUGCCUAGAAAAGCAGCCUGACCCUUUUGCACCAAGACAAAAGAAAACACUACAGGAGUUUCAGGAAGGUUUUGUGUUUUCAAAGUAUCGUCAUAGAGCCCUUCUUUUACCUGAGCUUCUGGAAGGAGUGCUACAGAUCCUCAUCUGUUGUCUUCAGAGUGCAGCUUCAAAUCCCUUCUUCUUCAGUCAAGCCAUGGAUUUGGUACAAGAAUUCAUUCAGCAUAAUGGAUUUAAUUUAUUUGAAACGGCAGUUCUUCAAAUGGAAUGGCUGAUUGUAAGAGAUGGCGUUCCUACCGAAGCCUCAGAACAUUUGAAAGCCCUAAUAAAUAGUGUGAUGAAAAUAAUGAGCGCUGUCAAAAAAGUGAAAUCAGAGCAACUUCAUCAUUCAAUGUGUACAAGAAAGAGGCACCGACGGUGUGAAUACUCCCACUUUAUGCAUCACCACAGAGAUCUCUCAGGUCUCCUGGUUUCGGCUUUUAAAAACCAGGUUUCCAAAAACCCCUUCGAAGAGACUGCGGAUGGCGAGGUUUACUACCCUGAGCGGUGCUGUUGUCUUGCCGUUUGUGCUCACCAGUGCCUGCGCCUCUUGCAGCAGGCCUCCCUGAGCAGCACGUGUGUGCAGAUUCUGUCAGGAGUCCAUAACGUCGGAAUAUGCUGUUGUAUGGACCCCAAAUCCGUCAUCAUCCCUUUGCUCCACGCUUUUCAGUUGCCAGCACUGAAAAAUUUUCAGCAGCAUAUAUUGAAUAUCCUUAACAAACUUAUUUUGGAUCAGUUAGGAGGAGCCGAGAUAUCACACAAAAUUAAAAAAGCAGCUUGCAAUGUUUGUACUGUUGACUCUGAUCAGCUAGCCAAAUUAGAAGAAACACUACAGGGGGCUUCGUGCGAGGCGGAGCCUCCCUCAGGGUUACCCAGUCCUUCCUGCAGAUUUCAAGGGAUCCUGCCCAGCAGUGGGUCUGAAGACUUGCUGUGGAGAUGGGAUGCCUUAGAGGCUUAUCAGAAUUUUGUUUUUGAAGGAGACAGAUUACAUAGUGUACAGAUUGCAAAUCACAUCUGUAGUUUAAUCCAGAAAGGCAAUGUAGUUGUUCAGUGGAAAUUGUACAAUUACAUAUUUAACCCUGUGCUCCAAAGAGGAGUUGAGCUGGCCCACCACUGUCAGCACCUCAGCAUUACGACGGCUCAGAGUCACGUGUGUGGCCCUCACAGCCAGUGUCUGCCUCAGGAAGUGCUUCAGAUUUAUUUAAAAAUGCUGUCUACCCUCCUUAAAUCAAGGAUAAUAAGAGAUUUGUUUUUAAGUUGUAAUGGAGUAAGUCAAUUAAUUGAAUUAAAUUACUUAGAUGGUGUUCGGAGUCAUUCCCUAAAAGCAUUUGAAACUCUGAUAAUCAGCCUCGGGGAACAACAGAAAGAUUCUUCAAUUCCAGGUCCUGAUGGGCUAGACCUUGAACAGAAGGAGUCGUCACCUUUAAGGGCAGGGACUUCUCUUCAUAACCAGCAAGCUUACUCAGAUUCUCCUCCGAGUCUUAGCAAGUUUUAUGCCAGCCUCAAAGAAGCUUAUCCGAAGAAACGGAAGCUGGUUAACCAGGAUGUUCACAUCAACACGAUAAACGUCUUCCUGUGUGUGGCGUUCUUGUGUGUUAGUAAAGAAGCCGAAGCUGAUGGAGAGCCCGCCAACGAUUCAGAAGACACCUCUGGCUACGACAGCACAGCGAGCGAGCCGCUGCACCACGUCCUGCCGUGUCUGUCUCUCGAGAGCCUCGUCUUGCCUUCUCCGGAACAGAUGCACCAAGCCGCCGACAUUUGGUCCGUGUGUCACUGGAUCUACAUGUUGAGUCCAGUUUUCCAGAAACAGUUUUAUAGGCUUGGUGGUUUCCGAGUGUGCUAUAAAUUAAUAUUUAUGAUCAUACAGCAAUUACUCAGAAGUCAUGAACAGGAGCAAGGAAAAAAAGAAGGAGAUAUAAAUGUGAGUGAAAGCCAAGAUUUAAUCAGAACGCCUCAAUCUGAGCUCAGUAUGAAGGAAGAUGUAUUAUCUUUGACUGUGAAAUGUCCCCUCACCCCAUCAGACCUGGGUAAUCUAAAAGAGAGUGCUGACAGUUUAGGCAAACUGGAGUCACAGCAUAUUUCUUCCAUAAAUGUGGAACACAUUUCAGCCACUGAAGCUGCUCCUGAGGCAGCAAAGGGCCUUCCAAGUCGAGAAAGUGAGACCUCACUUCAGAGCAUACGGCUUUUGGAAGCCCUUCUGGCCAUUUGUCUGCAUGGCAGCAGAGCCAGUCAGCAAAAGAUGGAAUUAGAGUUACCUGAUCAGAACUUGUCUGUGGAAAAUAUAUUAUUGGAAAUGAGGGACCAUCUUUCCCAAUCAAAGGUGAUUGAAACAGAAUUGGCAAAGCCUUUAUUCGACGCCCUGCUUCGAGUUGCAGUGGGGAACCACUCAGCAGAUUUUGAACACGGUGAUGCUCUGAUUGAGAAGAGUCAUCAAUCUGAAGAAGAAUUGUCACCCCAACCUGGACACUUUUCAGAAGAAGCUGAGGAUUCUCACUGUUGUAGUUUUAAACUUUUGGUUGAAGAAGAAGGUUAUGAAGCAGAUAGUGAAAGCAAUCCUGAGGAUAGUGAAACCUGGGAUGAUGGUGUAGAGGUAAAGCCUGAAGCAGAAGAUUUCAUUGUAUCAAGCAGUCCAAGUGACCCCAUACUUGAAAACCUCACUCAUGGGGAAAUAAUAUAUCCUGAGAUUUGUAUGCUGGAAUUAAAUUUGCUUUCUACUUGUAAAGCCAAACUUGAUGUGAUUACCCAUGUAUUUGAGAGUUUUUUGAAAAUCAUCAGGCAAAAAGAAAAGAAUAUUUUUCUACUCAUGCAACAGGGAACUGUGAAAAAUCUUUUAGGAGGGUUCUUGAGUAUUUUAACACAGGCUGAUUCUGAUUUUCAAGCAUGCCAGAGAGUAUUGGUGGACCUUUUGGUGUCUUUGAUGAGUACAAGAACAUGUUCGGAAGAGCUAACCCUUCUUUUGAGAAUAUUUCUGGAGAAAUCUCCUUGUACGGAAAUUCUUCUUCUGGGUAUUCUGAAAAUUGUUGAAAGUGAUAUUACUAUGAGCCCUUCACAGUAUCUAACCUUCCCCUUACUGCAUGCUCCAAAUUUAAGCAAUGGCGUUUCAUCUCAAAAGUGUCCUGUGAUUCUCAACAAUAAAGCCAUGGGAUUAUUGAGAAGAGCACGAGUUUCACGGAGCAAGAAAGAGGAUGGCAGUGACAGUUUUCCCCAGCAGCUGCUUUCCUCUUGGCACGUAGCCCCAGUCCAUUUGCCAUUGCUGGGACAGAACUGCUGGCCACACCUGUCAGAAGGUUUCAGUGUUUCCCUGUGGUUUAAUGUGGAGUGUGUCCAUGAAGCUGAGAGUAUCACAGAAAAACGAAAGAAGAUCAAGAGAAGAAACAAAGCAUUAAUUUUACGAGGUAGUUUUGAUGGAACAGAGAACAACAGGCCAGAAGGUGCAGAGUACGUAAAUCCUGGUGAGAGACUCCUAGAGGAAGGCUGUAUUCACAUGAUUUCACUGGGAUCCAAAGCGUUGAUGAUUCAAGUGUGGGCUGAUCCCCACACUGGCACUUUCGUCUUUCGUGUGUGCAUGGAUUCAAAUGAUGAUACGAAAGCUGUUUUACUAGCACAGGCUGAAUCACAGGAGAACGUUUUCUUCCCAAGCAAGUGGCAACAUUUAGUCCUCACCUACUUACAGCAGCCCCAGGGAAAAAAGAAUAUCCAUGGGAGAAUCUCCAUAUGGGUCUCUGGACAGAGGAAGGCUGAUGUUACUGUGGAUUUUAUGCUUCCAAGAAAAACAAGUUUGUCAUCUGAUAGCAAUAAAACAUUUUGCAUGAUUGGCCAUUGUUUAUCAUCCCAAGAAGAGUUUUUGCAAUUGGCUGGAAAAUGGGACCUGGGAAAUUUACUCCUCUUCAAUGGAGCUAAGAUUGGUUCACAGGAGGCCUUUUAUCUAUACGCUUGUGGACCCAACUUUACAUCUAUAAUGCCGUGUAAAUAUGGCAAGCCUGUGAAUGACUAUUCCAAAUAUAUUUCUAAAGAAAUCUUGCAAUGUGAGCAAAUCAGAGAACUUUUUAUGACCAAGAAAGAUGUGGACACUGGUCUCUUAAUUGAAAGCCUUUCGAUUGUUUAUACAACGUACUGUCCUGCUCAGUACACCAUCUAUGAACCAGUUAUUCGACUUAAAGGUCAAGUGAAAACCCAACUCUCUCAAAGACCCUUCAGCUCCAAAGAAGUUCAGAGCACCUUAUUAGAACCUCAUCAUCUAAGGAACCUCCGGCCUACAGAAUGUAAAACUAUUCAAGGCAUUCUGCACGAGAUUGGGGGGACUGGGAUAUUUGUUUUUCUCUUUGCCAGGGUUGUGGAGCUCAGUAGCUGUGAAGAAACUCAAGCAUUAGCACUGAGAGUUAUACUCUCAUUAAUUAAAUACAAUCAACAGAGAAUGCAUGAAUUAGAAAAUUGUAAUGGGCUUUCCAUGAUUCAUCAGGUAUUGAUCAAACAAAAAUGCACCGUGGGCUUUCACAUUUUGAAGACCCUUCUUGAAGGUUGCUGUGGUGACGAUAUUCUUCUUAUCAAUGAGAAUGGAGAGUUUCAGUUGGAUGUGGAGUCUAAUGCCAUAAUCCAAGAUGUUAAGCUGCUCGAGGAGCUUUUGCUUGACUGGAAGAUAUGGAAUAAAGCAGAGCAAGGUGUUUGGGAAACCCUGCUCGCAGCUCUGGAGAUGCUCAUCCGAGCUGAUCACCAGCAGCAGAUGCUGAAUGUCAAGCAGUUACUGAAAGCACGAGUUGUUCAUCACUUUCUGCUGACUUGUCAGGUUUUGCAGGAACACAAAGAGGGGCAGCUUACAUCCAUGCCCCGAGAGGUUUGUAGAUCAUUUGUGAAAAUUAUAGCAGAAGUCCUUGGAUCUCCUCCAGAUUUGGAAUUAUUGACAAUUAUCUUCAAUUUCCUUUUAGCAGUUCACCCUCCUACUAAUACUUACGUUUGUCACAACCCCACAAACUUCUACUUUUCUUUGCACAUAGAUGGCAAGAUCUUCCAGGAGAAAGUAGAGUCGAUCAUGCACCUGAGGCAUUCCAGUGGCAGUGGGAAGGCUGCCCCCAGCCCUGAACUGAUGGUAAUAAGCCCGUCUGCUUUUACCGCUUCACCACCUGAAGGAAAUGGUUCCUCCACUGUUAUCCCCCCAUGGACGGUUGCCAGCCUGCGGCGCUCUCAAAGCCUGCCAGUACUUUCUACUUCUCUUCUAAUGCAGCCACAAAGACUGACCAGAAGUUCGGGUUGUGUUGCUCCCCAGCCAGAGAAAUGGAAUCCUCAGGGGAGUUCCGAGACACUGAAAAAAGGCCCAGAGGAUUCAUUCAUCAGUAGCUGUGAGUCUGCAAAAGCCAUUUGUGAGAUGGAAGCUGGCCUUUCAGGACAAGCCUCUGUCAAUGGUGUCCCCAAAGGGACAUUGGAAUUUCCGGUGGUCAAAGCAGAUCAUAAAGAGUUGGGAGCAGAACUCAGAUCAGACGAUGACAGCCCUGGGGAUGAGUCCUGCCCACGCCGACCUGAUUACCUGCAGGGACUGGCCUCAUUCCAGCGAAGCCACAGCACUAUUGCAAGCCUAGGGCUGGCUUUUCCUUCACAGAAUGGGUCUGCAGCCCUCGGCCAUUGGCCAACUCUUGUUGAUGGGAACACUGAGGUUUGGGAAAGUUUUGCCUUCCCUCUGGGUUAUGAGCCAAACUACAACCAAACUACAGGUGCUCACAGUGUAACUGAAGACUGUCUGGUACCUAUAUGCUGUGGAUUAUAUGAGCUCUUAAGCGGAGUUCUUCUCAUCCUGCCCGACGUUAUGCUUGAAGAUGUGAUGGACAAGCUGAUUCAAGCCGAUGUGCUGUUAGUCCUUGUUAACCACCCAUCACGUGCUAUACAACAAGGAGUUAUUAAACUGUUACAUGCAUAUUUUAAUAGAGCAUCUAAGGAACAAAAAGAUAAAUUCCUGAAGAAUCGUGGCUUUUCCUUGCUAGCCAACCAGUUGUAUCUUCAUCGGGGAACUCAGGAGCUGAUAGAGUGCUUCAUAGAAAUGUUCUUUGGUCGACAUAUUGGCCUUGACGAAGAACUUGAUCUGGAAGAUGUGAAAAACAUGGGACUUUUUCAGAAGUGGUCUGUCAUUCCUAUUCUGGGACUAAUAGAGAACUCUCUAUAUGACAACAUGCUCUUGCAUAAUGCUCUUUUACUUCUUCUCCAAAUAUUGAAUUCUUGUUCGAAGAUAGCAGAUGUGUUGUUGGAUAAUGGUCUCCUCUACGUGUUAUGUAAUACAGUAGCAGCCCUGAACGGAUUAGAAAAGAACAUUCCUUUGAAUGAAUACAAAUUGCUUGCUUGUGAUAUACAGCAACUUUUCAUAGCAGUUACAAUUCAUGCCUGCAGCUCCUCAGGCAUACAAUAUUUUAGAGUCAUUGAAGACCUCAUUGUACUGCUUGGAUAUCUUCAAAAUAGCAAAAACCAGAGGACACAAAAUAUGGCUGUUGCACUACAGUUCAGAGUUCUCCAGGCUGCUAUGGAAUUUAUAAGGACCACCGCAAAUCAUGACUCCGAAAACCUUACAAAUUCAUUCCAGUUACCUUCUGCUCCCCAUCAGACAGUAUUUCAAAAGCGGAAGAGCAUUGCUGGUUCAAUUCCAAUGAAGGGUCCCACUGUUCCUUACCUGCCAAGACGCCAUUUUCGUUCCUAUGGUCAACUUCCGAUGCCCUUCUCCUUCAGUCCACUAAAUCAAGACUCAUUACCCCCGUGUUCUCCUGGAUCCGCUACCUGUGUGGUACCUCUCGGAGCAGGUCCUCGAAAAUUUCCCCUUUCUGAAACUGAUUCUCUUCUGAUGAAAAUGCGUUCUGUGGCGAGCGAUGAACUUCAUAUGAUGAUGCAACGGAGAGUGAGCCAGAACCCUGUGCAGGCGACUGAAACGGAACUUGCCCAGAGGCUGCAAAGGCUCACCAUCUUAGCAGUUAACAGGGUUGUUUAUCAAGUCUUUAAUCCAGACAUUAUUGACAUUUUGAGUACUCCAGAAAAUGCCACUCAAAGCAAGACCUCAGUUUCCCAGACUGAAAUUUCUGAAGAAAACAUUCAUCAUGAACAGCCUUCCGUUUUCAAUCCAUUUCAGAAAGAAAUAUUCACGUAUCUAGUAGAAGGAUUCAAAGUAUCUAUUGGUUCAAGUAAAACGAGUGGUUCCAAGCAGCAGUGGACUAAGAUCUUAUGGUCGUGUAAGGAAACCUUCCGGAUGCAACUUGGGAGACUGCUGGUGCAUAUUUUGUCACCAGUCCACCCUUCACGAGAAAGAAAGCAAAUUUUUGAAAUAGUUCGUGAACCAAAUCAUCAGGAAAUACUACGAGACUGUCUUAGCCCAAAUCUGCAACAUGGAGCCAAGUUAGUUUUGUAUUUGUCAGAGUUGAUCCAUAAUCACCAAGAUGACUUGACUGGGGCAGAACUGGACGCAGCACAUCUGCUCAUGAAUGCCUUAAAGUUUUGUGGCCAUAAGUGCAUCCCUCCCAGUGCGUCAACAAAGCCAGAGCUUCUUAAAAUGAUCGGAGAGGAACAAAAGAAAUAUGAAACUGAAGAAGGUGUGAGUAAAGCCACCUGGCAGAAAACGGUUAAUAAUAAUCAACAAAGUCUUUUUCAGCGUCUCGAUUCAAAAUCAAAGGAUAUAUCUAAAGUAGCAGCAGAUAUCACCCAGACAGUGUCUCUCGCCCAAGGAAUUGAGAGAAAAAAGGUGAUCCAGCAUAUCAGAGGAAUGUAUAAAGUAGAUCUGAGUGCCAGCCGACACUGGCAGGAACUUAUUCAACAACUGACACAUGACCGAGCAGUCUGGAAUGAUCCCAUCUACUAUCCAACUUCAUGGCAACUGGAUCCAACAGAAGGGCCAAAUCGAGAGAGGAGGCGUUUACAGAGGUGUUACUUAACUAUUCCAAACAAGUAUCUCCUGAGGGAUAGACAGAAAUCAGAAGACUUGGUCAAACCACCACUCUCUUAUCUCUUUGAAGACAAAACUCAUUCUUCUUUCUCUUCUACUGUAAAAGACAAAGCUGCAAGUGAGUCUAUAAGAGUGAAUCGAAGAUGUAUCAGUGUUGCACCAUCUAGAGAGACAGCUGGUGAAUUGCUAUUAGGUAAAUGUGGAAUGUAUUUUGUGGAAGAUAAUGCUUCUGAUGCAGUUGAAAGUUCGAGCCUUCAGGGAGAAUUGGAACCAGCAUCCUUUUCCUGGACAUAUGAAGAAAUCAAAGAAGUUCACAAGCGGUGGUGGCAGUUGAGAGAUAACGCCGUGGAAAUCUUUUUAACAAAUGGCAGAACACUCCUCUUAGCAUUUGAUAACACCAAGGUUCGGGAUGAUGUGUACCACAGUAUACUAACAAAUAACCUCCCCAACCUUCUGGAAUAUGGCAACAUCACUGCUCUGACAAAUUUAUGGUAUACUGGGCAAAUUACUAAUUUUGAAUAUUUGACUCACUUAAACAAACAUGCCGGCCGAUCCUUCAAUGACCUCAUGCAGUACCCCGUGUUCCCGUUCGUCCUGGCUGACUAUGUUAGUGAGACCCUUGACCUCAGCGAUCCGUCUGUCUACAGAAAUCUCUCCAAGCCUAUAGCUGUGCAGUAUAAAGAAAAAGAAGACCGUUAUGUAGAUACAUACAAGUACCUGGAGGAGGAGUACCGCAAGGGAGCGAGGGAGGACGACCCCUUGCCCCCUGUGCAGCCCUACCACUACGGCUCCCACUACUCCAACAGCGGCACCGUGCUCCACUUCCUGGUCAGGAUGCCGCCCUUCACGAAGAUGUUUUUAGCCUAUCAAGAUCAAAGUUUUGACAUUCCAGACAGAACUUUUCAUUCUACAAAUACAACUUGGCGUCUCUCAUCUUUUGAAUCCAUGACUGAUGUGAAAGAACUUAUCCCGGAGUUUUUCUAUCUCCCAGAGUUCUUAGUUAAUCGAGAAGGCUUUGAUUUCGGUGUGCGGCAGAAUGGUGAACGGGUUAAUCACGUCAACCUCCCGCCUUGGGCCCGGAACGACCCUCGUCUUUUUAUCCUCAUCCAUCGACAGGCUCUAGAGUCUGAGCACGUGUCCCAGAAUAUCUGUCAGUGGAUUGACUUGGUGUUCGGGUAUAAGCAAAAAGGGAAGGCGUCCGUUCAAGCCAUCAAUGUUUUUCAUCCCGCUACAUACUUUGGAAUGGAUGUCUCUGCAGUUGAAGAUCCUGUUCAGAGACGAGCUCUAGAAACCAUGAUAAAAACCUAUGGCCAGACCCCCCGUCAGCUGUUCCAGUCGGCCCACGUGAGCAGACCUGGCUCCAAGCUCAACAUCGAAGGAGAGUUUCCUGCUGCCAUGGGGUUGUUAGUGCAGUUUGCUUUCCGGGAAACCCGAGAGCAGGCCAAAGAAGUCGCCUAUCCGAGUCCUUUGUCAUGGAUAAAAGGCUUGAAGUGGGGAGAGUACGUAGGCUCCCCAAGUGCUCCAGUGCCUGUGCUCUGCUUCAGCCAGCCCCACGGAGAAAGAUUUGGUUCCCUCCAGGCUCUGCCCACCAGAGCCAUCUGUGGUUUGUCCCGAAAUUUCUGUCUUCUGAUGACGUACAGCAAAGAACAAGGUGUGCGAAGCAUGAACAGCACUGACAUCCAGUGGUCGGCCAUCCUGAGCUGGGGAUAUGCCGAUAACAUUCUACGCUUGAAGAGUAAACAGAGCGAGCCUCCAGUCAACUUUAUACAGAGUUCACAACAGUAUCAGGUGACUAGUUGCGCUUGGGUACCUGACAGUUGCCAGCUGUUUACUGGGAGCAAAUGUGGUGUCAUCACAGCCUACACAAACCGAUUUACGAGCAGCACGUCUUCAGAGAUAGAAAUGGAGUCUCAGCUACAUCUCUAUGGGCACACGGAGGAGAUCACCAGCUUGUUUGUCUGCAAACCGUACAGUAUAAUGAUAAGUGUGAGCAGAGAUGGAACCUGCAUCAUAUGGGACUUAAACAGGCUAUGCUACGUACAAAGUCUGGCAGGACACAAAAGCCCUGUCACUGCCGUCUCUGCCAGUGAGACAACAGGUGACAUCGCCACUGUGUGUGACUCAGCUGGUGGAGGCAGUGACCUCAGACUCUGGACAGUGAACGGAGACCUCGUGGGACAUGUCCACUGCAGAGAGAUCAUCUGUUCUGUUGCUUUCUCUAACCAGCCAGAGGGAGUGUCCAUCAACGUGAUUGCUGGGGGACUAGAAAAUGGAAUUGUGAGGUUAUGGAGUACAUGGGACCUAAAGCCAGUGCGAGAAAUCACAUUUCCUAAAUCAGAUAAGCCUAUUGUCAGCCUUACGUUUUCCUCUGAUGGCCACCAUCUGUACACAGCGAACAGUGAAGGGACUGUGAUUGCGUGGUGUCGGAAGGACCAACAGCGUUUGAAACAGCCCAUGUUCUACUCCUUCCUGAGCAGCUAUGCGGCUGGAUGAAGGCGAGAACUGUGCGUUCUCCAAGCACUUUGACUCCAAACUAGACUUGUUGACUUCACCAGUUUUAGGUUGAACAUGAAGAAACAGGUGACCAAACAAACCAUCCAAAUAAUUAUAAAAUCUGUUCAUCUGCACAAAACUCUGCAGCCUCACAAGCCCUACGAGGAAGGUUUUGUUCUAAGUGAGGUUUGUGUCUGCAUGCACUAACCAACAAGACUGAAGUCUUACACAGGGAGUUGCGAUCAUAUUCUUAAAGUUUUUCUUUCUACAAGGGCAUUCUAAAGUAAAAGUUAGGGUCUCUCUUUUUUCUAUUAUUCCAAAAGAGCCAGUUGAAUUUAAAUUCGUUAGCUAAUUGUUUAUAUAAAAUACUCUAAAAAAAAUUAUAUUUAAAAAGCUUAAUACUGAGAUAACACACACACACACACACACACACACACACACACACACACACCCAAAAAAAGGAAAGAAAAGGAUAAAGAAUUCUGAACUUAGUAAUUGCUUUCUUUGAGAAGUAAAUUGUUCAGUCAAUGCAUCUGCACCAAGCAUUUUAUGGGAUAUCUGAAUACUAAACACAAACUACUGCUGAGUCUCAAUGCUGAAAGGUACUUUCUGCCAGUUGCCUUCUUAGCUCAAAGUAGAAGCAGAAUUUGACAGCCACCAACAAGAACACGGUAUCUUUGAUUUCAGACACAUUCUAUUCCUUCAUAAAAAUCCCAUUUAAAAUCCAUAACACUAGAUAUUGACUAUCCUUAGUUGAGUCACUAAGAUUUAAACACAAUGAUAAUUCUUUUAACAUCUGCCAUUCACAGAGCAUUGAAAAGUUAACAGUUUCCAGUAGAAAACUUCCACUAUGCAAAGAGUUUGCACAGAUAUUAAUAAUCCAGGCCAGGUGAGUCAUUUAAUCUACUGUGCAGGAAGUUUUCUUCCCCAAUACAGAAUGACAAAAGAAAAGAUGACAGCUUACUUUGUUUUAAACACUAGGUGGAAUAAUUCCUUUAGGAAACAGUUACCACUGUAUUUCUACUAACCUGAGAAUUCGAGGAACAAUAGAAAAAUCUCAGUGUACGCCAUAGCAGACUUACCCAUGUGAAAACAGAAUUCCUAAAACUCUUGGGACAGUCUAUCUCUACCAUGGUAUUACAGCUAUUAAUAUAUUUUCACUUGGGGUGCUGCUUUAUUGGCUUUGAAAACACUGUAAAAUAAGCUCAGUAAUAUGUUACCAUGGGAUAAAAAUAUGUAUUUCUGCCUGAGAAUAACUUGUGAGUUUGUUACAGAAAUUUGACUCAUAUGGUGUUUACAGAACUCCUUUUGUAACUUCCAGACUUUCUAAAACAUUCUGCUUAAAAACUGUGUGAAAUACAGUUCCCAAGUCUCUGCCAUCAAGAUCAAUACAGGAGGCAGCGCGUGGCUGCGUGCGCUUGUGACCUGAAACCGCUUCCAGCGUCAGAAUGCCGCAGAGGCUGCAGUCAGGUCAUGUUCGCACGGACCAGGCGUGAGCUCCGAGGUCCAGAUAGGUGCAGAGAGAAGAGUAUUCCUAUUCACGUUGAAGUGAUUUGCUUUGUUUAAAAAAAAAAAAAAAUUGCAGCUUUGGUCUAGCUUUCAUUUUUCUACUGAGAACUUUAAAUUUGUCCCCUAUUAGAAUAGGGCUGCUACUCAGUCUUUUUUUUUAAGGCUGAUUUGCAUCAUUUACCUAACGAGGAAAUAUGCAAAAUGACUGGUCUUGUUAAGAGUGCAAUAUUAUAUUUUUAUGUAAAAAUAAAAAUUAAUUUGGGGGGGAUUAUUUAUUCAGCAUGAAACUUAAUGUGUAUGUUCGAAACACUCCAUGAUGUGCACGUUCCGGCAAACAUUUCUGUAAAUUACCACUCGCUCUGUUUUCGUUGUAAACACUGCCACUUCAAAUGGGGAAUAAAUUUCAU